UAACCAUUGUUGUUGACUGCUUUCUUCUGGCGUGUCAAAUCCAGUAUCUAGAGAGAAAGAAAGUUUGAAUCGUUUGAUAAGAAUAUCGACAAUGGUUAAACUUCUCCAAGGUAAACUUGACAAGGAGCUGUUGAAGAAGAUGCUAGAGAUAGAGCAAAGUCAGGAGCAUCUAAUGCAGGAGAUGUCUAGGCUUAAGGUUUCUUCUACGGCGGAGAUUAAGCAGCCAUCACAUCCAGCCUUGAGGAAUAGCUGUGCCUCCUCGUUGCGCAAGGAGAUCCUUUGCAAGGAUUCGAUGAUAUGGAGACCAUCUGCCGGGAAGAAGUUCACGGAAAAACAGUAUCUGAAUAUUUUGCAGUCCAUGGCACAAUCUGUUCAUGCCUUCGAUCUUAAUAUGCGAAUUAUCUUUUGGAAUGCCAUGGCAGAAAAGCUUUAUGGGUACUCUGCUGCAGAAGCAGUUGGGCAGAACCCAAUUAACGUUAUGGUUGAUGAUCGGGAUGCCGUCUUUGCAAUGAAUAUUGCUCAGCUUUGUUCCAAUGGAGAGAGCUGGACUGGCAAGUUUCCUGUCAAGAACAAAUCAGGGGAGAAAUUUUCAGCUGUCACUACCUGUUCCCCCUUCUAUGCUGAUGACGGUUCUCUUAUUGGGAUUAUUUCUAUCACAAGUGACAUUGCACCCUAUCUGAACCCAAGAAUCUCUUUCGCUAAAUUAAAGGCGCAAGAAGUUGAACCGAGCUCUAGCCCUGUUGGUUUUGCAUCUAAACUUGGUAUGGAAUCCAAAAGAGCUGUUGUGUCAAAACUUGGCCUUGAUUCUGCUCAGCCUAUACAAGUUGCUAUAGCAUCAAAGAUAUCAGAUUUGGCAUCCAAGGUGAGGAACAAGGUCAGGUCGAAAAUGCCAGCAGGUGAUAGUAGUGUCACACUGCCUUAUGUUUCUACCCUCACUGACCACAAGGACGAUGCAGCAUUAAUAACGGGUACCAGCUCACCAAGGGGGGAUUUUAUCCAAUCUCCUUUUGGUGUAUUCACAUGUAACGAUGAAAAGAUUACUUUGGAAACCUUGGAAAAUUCCACUGAUGAGAGUGAUGGAAAGCCUGCAUUCCACAAGGUUCUCACCUCAAAAGCCGAAGAAUGGAUGGUAAAGAAAGGUUUGUCAUGGUCAUGGAAAAAGAACGGUUCAAAAGGAGAGCCUACUCAUUCUGUAUGGCCUUGGCUACAGAAUGAACAAGAGAUAGAGAAGUCUCACCAGACUAAUCACUCUUUUGGUGUUCAGUCUGAAACUCAUGCCUCCGAAAGUAAUAAGCCUACCAAUGAUGAGGCUUCUAGCUUGUGGUCUUCCUCUAUAAUUGCAAACAUUACAAGCAGGGCUAGUAGCUGCGAAAGUACCAUCAGCAGUGUUAUGAACAAGGAGGAUACAGAUGGCAAUUGCUUGGAAGAUGAGAUUUUAUGGGAAGAUCUGGCAAUCGGAGAGAAAAUUGGACAAGGCUCAUGUGGAACUGUAUAUCACGGUCUCUGGUUUGGAUCUGACGUAGCUAUAAAAGUGUUCUCUAAACAAGAAUAUUCAGAAGAGGUCAUACACUCUUUUAAACAAGAGGUAUCGUUGAUCAAAAGACUUAGACAUCCUAACGUUCUGCUGUUUAUGGGAGCUGUUACUUCACCUCAACGUCUCUGUAUAGUGUCAGAGUUCCUUCCACGUAGAAGUAUCUUCCAUAUACUGCAGAGAAGAACGUUAAAACUGGAUCGGAGGCGGCGUAUCCGCUUGGCCUUGGACAUUGCCCGCGGUAUGAACUAUCUUCACCGCUGUAGUCCACCCAUUAUGCAUCGUGAUCUGAAAUCGUCAAAUCUGCUGGUAGACAGGGACUGGACCGUUAAGGUAGCUAACUUUGGUCUUUCACGUAUCAAGCAUGAAACGUAUCUAACCACCAAGUCCGGGAAGGGAACGCCUCAAUGGAUGGCACCAGAAGUUCUCCGAAAUGAAUCUUCUGAUGAGAAGUCUGAUAUUUACAGCUUUGGAGUAGUACUAUGGGAGCUUGCCACAGAGAAGAUCCCAUGGGAAAAUCUCAACUCCAUGCAGGUGAUCAAAGCUGUGGGGUUCAUGAACCAGAGGCUGGAUAUUCCAAAGGACAUUGAUCCUCGCUGGGUCUCAUUAAUGGAGAGCUGUUGGCACAUUAAUACAAAGCUGAGACCCACACUCCAAGAACUGAUGGAGAAACUAAGAGACCUACAAAGAAAGUAUACAAUGGAGUUCCAAGCAACUCGUGCUGCGCUACCUGCUGGCAACUCUCUUCUCAAGGACAGCUAAACAAACAAAAGUUGACCCUUUCUCUUAUCCCUAUGGUUCAAAUGGAGCCUUCCCCGUUACUGUACCAAAUUCAUUGAGAUUGGUCAUCUUUCCAUCAUCUUCUGACACAAAUGUUGAAAAAACUAUCAGCUAGUGAGGUUGACGACUCUGUUUCAGACACUUGAGCUGUGAUCAGAUAUGCAUAAUUAAUGUUUAGUGCUGACCAAGGCCCAUGCGUCUCCGGCUCUCAUCUCACAUUGUAAUAGCAAGAGCAGGAAAAAAGAUCUCGUCUCGAGUCUUGUCUCAGCUAUGAGACUUUUCCAGUUCCCUUCCCGAACUAAUAACCAUACUAUACCAACAAAGUUAUGAUUAUCAAUAGACUAAUACACAUCAAAUGUUAAUUUACCAAUAGUUGGGGUGACUUAUGUUUUUCAAUUUUUUGAAUUUUAUUGCUAAUAUGUUAU